CCAUCCCAACACACGGGCUUUUUGCAAAGCCUGUGAAAGGUCCGGAAGUCCCAUCCAUAUUUGGGGGACAAAGAAACCAGAGGGUAUAAAGGGACAGCUUCCUCCAUAUUGGUUUGCUCAGGAUUUGGGGAGAAACAGGCUCCCCUGAGUGAUUGUACUAGUACAUGCGAAACAUCUGAAAAUAAAUGGGUUCCUCCUGUAUCUCUGGGUACUCCUUUGUAUUUUCUGGUCGCCUGGUAAAUUCUGUAACAUAGAAAUGGUUUGCUCGCUGCAACCACCUCCACUGCGGGCCUCCUUCACUGCAGCUUCUUCGCCAGAGUCCUCCAACUCUCGCUUUAAAAAAAAAAAAAAAAAUCCCCACCAUGUCAGACACGCCCGUGGACACCAGCUCGGAGAUCACCAUCAAGGCCCUAAGGGAGAAGAAGGAAGUUGUGGAGGAGGCAGAGAAUGGAAGCGAUGCACCGGUUAAUGGGAAGGCUGAGGAUGAGGAAAGUGGGGAGCAGGAGGCUGACAAUGAGGUAGAUGAAGAAGAGGAAGGAGGAGGGGCAGAGGAGAAAGAAGGUGAUGGAGAAGAGGAUGGAGAUGAAGGUGAGGCUGAGGCAGCUACAGGCAAACGGGCAGCUGAAGAUGAUGAGGAUGACGAUGUUGACACCAAGAAGCAGAAGACCGAUGAGGAUGACUAACAACAAAAAAGGGAAAAGUUAAAGGCCUCUGUGACCUAUUCACCUUCCACUUCCCCUCUCAGAAUCUAAACGUGGUCAACUUCGAGUAGAGACUCUCGCCCGCCUGUCCCCCCACCCACCUGGGGCAGUACCACCUGCAGAUGACACGCACUGUCCACCAUCCAACCAAAACCACAACGUGAAUUUGCAACAGGGAAGGAGAAAAGAACCAAAAUGUCCAAGGCCCUGCCUUUUUUCUUAAAAGUACUUUAAAAAGAAAAAUUUGUCUGUAUUUUUAUUUUUUUUAAUUUUUUAA